AGCUUCCGUGCGACACAGCGGCGCCUGUAUUGACCCACAAACCUCUUCAUCCGAUUCUUCAUAUCACCUGCGGACUUCCAAGAAACAACUCCAUGUUAAGACCAAUUAGUCUCGAUCAGGAGGAUCGCAGCGCAACGCAGGCGGAUUGCUACACACUGCGACGGCACUCGAUACCAUCGUCGCGUUUCUCGCGGUUUCAGGAGACCUGAAAACCACUGUAGAAUCCUGGAAGCAGUUGUAUUCUCCCACCAUGGCAACUAUAGACCUCGCGCAGCCAACACUGUACCCUAAGAUCACGACACAUAUCCCUGAGAUCAUCGAACAGCUGCGACGCUUGAACCGCGACCCUGUCCACCCAGAAGCAAACAUCACUGUGGACCCUGUACCUUUCAUCGGUACAGUCAAACUUCAUGGCACGCACGCAGAUAUCCUCGUGUAUCCUGAUAAUCGCAUCAUCUUUCAAUCGCGCAACAUAACCGGUCUCUCCGUCGCAAAAGAUAACCAAGGGUUUGCGGCAACUAUGUCAGAGAAGACCAAUGCUAUACUUGGACUGCGAGACAUGUAUCUGGCACGGUGGAAAGAGUUAAAUCCUGGCACAACACUUGAAGAAGACUUACCUGUCGUCAUAGCCGGUGAAUGGAUCGGCGAGAAGAUCCAAAAAGACGUCGCCAUCGCUCAGCUAUCUCGCCGCUUCGUUAUCGUCUCGAUCAAUCUCAAUGGUGUGUGGCAGAAGGAUGAAGAGUACUCUAACAUAUCUUUGCCGGAUCACGACAUUUACAACGCAUCACGAGCCGGCAUCUUUCACACAACACUCCACCCUGACGACUACGAAAGUACAGUCUCAGAGGUCGAACAUAUGACCGAAGAAGUCGCCGCUCACUGCCCUUUCGCAGCGACCUUCGGUAUAUCUGGCCUGGGUGAAGGCAUCGUAUGGAAACCCGUACCUCGCCAGUACAACGGCGACAUUUCUCUAUGGUUCAAGAGCAAAGGAGGAAAGUUCAAGCCUACAUUCUUCCGCAUUACCAGACAGAAUGAUGGCACAGACGCCAUCAAAGAGCGACGAAAAACAGCCGCAGCGAUGGCCGUUGCGUGGUGUUCACAGCAGCGGUUAGAACAAGGUUGGGAUGUGUUGCGCGAGAAGGGUGUUGAGCACGAUGUGAAAGCGCUGGGUGACUUUCUGAAGUGGAUACAAUAUGAUAUCUUGGAGGAAGAGAAGAGGCAUAUCAAGGAGCAUGGGGUAGACGAGGCGGCGUUGAAGAUUGAGAUUGCUAAGAUUGCCAAACCGUGGUAUAGGGCGAGGCUGAGGGAAUGUGAUGCCUCAUGAUGCCUAACAAGCGAAAACAGAUCAUCCGGAAGAAGCAUGCUGAAGUCGAUUGCAGAUAAUAAACAAAAUCGGGAGAAGUUUGCGCUCUCAUGGGGAAAGUCGCAAACUUCUGGCCCAGCUUAUUAAGAGAU